AUGACGGAGUCCCUGGUGCGGAACAAGCCGGGGAUGGCCAGCAUCAAGGAGAUGCCGGUGGUGCAGGACGGGCCGCCGCCGGGCGGUUUCGCGCCCGUGCGCUACGCGCGCCGGAUCCCCACCUCGGGGCCCAGCGCCACCGCCAUCUUCCUCACCACCUUCGGCGCCUUCGCGUAUGGCAUGUACCAGGUCGGCCAGGGGAACAAGGUCCGCCGGGCACUCAAAGAAGAGAAAAUUGCUGCUCGGAGUGCUAUACUGCCGAUGCUCCAAGCUGAAGAGGAUGAAAGAUUUGUGAAAGAGUGGAAGAAGUAUCUUGAGGAGGAGGCGAGGAUCAUGAAAGAUGUUCCAGGGUGGAAGGUUGGCGAGAACGUGUACAACUCCGGGAAAUGGAUGCCCCCGGCUACUGGUGAGCUCCGCCCUGAGGUUUGGUAA